AUGCAAACUAAUCUGGAAGAUUUUUUCUAUUGUGAAAAUUCAACGGAAUCAUUUUCGAAUUCCUAUCAGUUGCCCCAUCAACACGUGAACACUUCCAAUACUCAUUACGAUGACAAUGCCUAUCGAGAAAUGCAGCAUUAUUAUAUGGAUCAAUUUAAUCAAAGCUAUGUAAAUAAUACUUGUGUUACCUCAUCUUCGGAUACUGUGAUUUAUGAAAGAAGUCCAUACUAUAUGUGCAAUCAAAAUUACACGGAUCUAAACAAUUGUGCCCAAACACCGCCACCCCAACAACAAUAUUGGAAUACCAGGGAAAUCAACACCAGCGAAAACACAUCCCCUCAAAAGGAAAUUGUAAAUUCAGAGUCAUUCACUGAUUCGAAGAAUCAAACUCCAUCAAAUCACCUAAAUAUCAUACCGGCCGUUUCAUCAAGUCGAAAAGAACGAACUGCCUUUACAAAGGAACAAAUUAAAUCUUUGGAAAAAGAAUUUCUGCAUGCCAACUAUUUGACAAGGCUAAGAAGAUAUGAAAUUGCAGUGGCCUUAGAUUUAACAGAACGACAGGUUAAAGUUUGGUUUCAGAACAGACGAAUGAAAUGGAAACGUCUAAAAAUGGAAGCAACUACUAAUGAUAAAACCUUUAAUUGAGUUUUAGAAAGUUUUCUAGUUGUUUAUUAUUAUUUUAUUUAAUAUGUAUAUAUGUAAGUAUUAUUGUUAGUCAU